AUGUCUCAACAAAACGGUAUUGCUACCUUAUUGAAAGCUGAAAAAGAAGCUCAUGAAAUUGUAUCACAAGCCAGAAAAUACAGAACUGAAAGACUGAAGCAAGCCAAGUUAGAUGCGGCAGAAGAAAUUAAUUCAUAUAAGCUAGCUAAAGAUAAGGAACUAAAGGAUAUCGAACAGUCAAAUGAAGGUGGUAUUGAGUCUUUAGAAAAGGAUGCCAAUGCAAACGUUCAAAGUGAAUUAGAAGAGAUUAAAAAGAUUUCUAACGAAAAGAAGGCUGCUGUAAUCAAAUUAUUGGCUGAUUCUGUUACCAGCCCUACCGUCGAAGUUCAUGCCAAUGCUCUUUAA